CGGUUGGCACUCCUGGGAUGCAUUUUGCAUUUUUUCGGGGUUGACAGUGCCUGUCACCGCCGGCCGAGCUCUUUUCCAUUCAAGUGUUCGUUCGGUUCAGACGCCAUUAUACAGAAUGGGUAAACCACGUGGAAUCCGUACCGCUCGGAAGCAUAUCCGUCAUCGCCGGGACCAGCGAUGGGCCGAUAAGGACUACAAAAAGGCUCACUUGGGCACCCGCUGGAAGUCCAACCCGUUUGCCGGAGCCUCCCACGCCAAGGGAAUCGUGCUGGAAAAGGUCGGCGUCGAAGCCAAGCAGCCCAACUCCGCCAUCCGUAAGUGCGUCCGAGUGCAGCUCAUCAAGAACGGCAAGAAGAUCACCGCCUUCGUGCCCCGGGAUGGUUGCCUGAACUACAUCGAAGAAAACGACGAGGUCCUGGUGGCCGGUUUCGGUCGUAAGGGUCACGCCGUCGGUGACAUUCCCGGAGUCCGCUUCAAGGUGGUCAAGGUGGCCAACGUUUCGCUGCUGGCCCUGUACAAGGAGAAGAAGGAACGUCCACGAUCGUAAGGAGGAAUAAAAAGUCGAAGAAAACCGCUGGAAUCCGCUGGUCGAACUUUCGGGUUCUCUAUGAGAGUGCAGAUUUAAUGCUAAUUUAAAAAUAACGUUUUAAAUUUACGGAAAGUAUGUGUCUGUAAACAAGUGGAGGAAAAUACAAGCUUCUGUGAAAGUUAACAACUGCCGGAAUCCGGAA